CCAUCAUUCGGUUUAUAUCCGAAAACCCUGCCAUGCUCGUUGCUUGUUAAGAGCAGCCUAUAGCGAUGUCUAGCCAACGUCAAAUAAUAUGGGUUGCAGAGAACCAUCUUUGGUGGGGCAGUGAGGGACCUGGGUUAGUUUGCAAGCCAUGCACAGUGGCUAGUUAGACUGGUAUUGUGUCAGCCCAGUAAGGACGAGUCAUUUGUUACCCUCCUUUUUCCGGAGUACAUUACCCAUGCAGUAAUCAUCAACGAAUAUGACGAGUUUACAUUAAAGAUCACGGUCAAGUCCAUACUUCAAUCUGGUAGAAAACGUUGUUCAGGUCAUUUGUGAUGUGAUUUUACAAUGUAUAUAUGGCGGAAAGCAUGUUAAAUGGCAACAGGUAGGCCUAUGUGGUACGUCCAGUGAAAUGGCCCAUUGACUCCAGUUCUGUUGUUUUAACGUAUAUUUCAAAGAUGACAAAUUGCAAGGAUGGCAUCUGACAGCCAAAGUUAGUAUCAAACAUUUGACAGCCAAAGUUAUGUAUCCCAAGACAGAUGACUACAGAAACCUAAAUCCAAAAAUCAUGCCUAGUGUAGUGUCCCAUUGCAUUGUGGCCAUAUCAGUUCGAGGUUGCUCCCAGUCAAAUUAUUCUAAACUAAAACUAGUCUUCAAUUCCAGGUACUUGCUUUUCUUAACACCAGUUUCCCGUGCACACCCUUAAUUCUUGAGUGUGUUGUUUCAGUAAUGAAGGUAAUCCACUAAACUGAACCAUGUCCAAAAUAACUAGUCGCACGUCUGGCGAACGCUGGUCCUGACCUGCUUUCUGAUUGGCAAUGCUUGCAAAGCACCAGUCCAAAGGAAAGGAAGGGCUGAAGGUUUUGCACAAUAUCACCUCCCUGUAAUGUAAAUAGUUGCCUUUUACGUACGAAAACCCAUUUAAAAAUGCCAUGGUGCCUAUGGCCAACUGACAAUUACACUUCGCACCAUUCACAUUGUGUCUGCAUUAUCGAAAAGUAAAUCAAGGUCAUUUUGAGGGCUCAGUAUGAGUUUGUAUAUAUUAAGAUAAACUGACUUGAUAAGCAACCAGUGUAGUAGUAUAAAAGAUAAGUUAUGCUCAGUUGAUCACGCAACUCAGUUAAAUUCAUGACAACAUAUUUAGAUUAUUAGAAGGAUUGAAAUUAUGAACAUGCAUAACAUUAUCAAAAUAUGUUUAUAAUAUCAUACAAUCGACACAUUGAAUUGCAUUUUUUCUUUUUACCACCAGAGAGCAGGAUAUAUUUAUGAAAGUAUCUAAGACUUUGCAGCAUCCGCAUUUAAACCUGCUAUUAAGUAAUAAAUCGAUCAAGCGCUUUCUCCUGAAAUUGUAAAACAAUUCAAUUUAAUUUUUGAAUUGCAUUAUUGUGUUGCUGGCGUAAUGUGUUCAAAAUACCGAUAAUAAUCCAAGUGAAUGUUUCUGAACUAAACUGUCUAUUUGAAUAAAAGCGGAAUACUGGAACAGGAAGUAUAGAUUUAAGUGGUUAGCAAGCUAUUGCAGUGCACUUCACUGCAUACAGGAAAUGUCUAUGACUCACUUUCAGUUGACUACUUUCACAUUGCCUUCAAGCUGUGUACAUUAUACACAGAGCAAUACAUUUUAGCAAUGGCCCAGGGCAAGGAUCACUCCUUUCUUAAAUUGGACGAAUUGGCCAACCGACUGUUCCACCGAUAUCGGAAGGGAAGCCAGGAAAGCGAUGGGGCCCAUGUCUCUGAGUUCACUGUCAUUUGGGAUAAAUUGAUGAAAGAGUUCUUAGCCAAAGCCAAAGAAGAUUUUCUAAGGAAAUGGGAGUGUCCACCACAGAGCACAACUUGCCUGGAUGACUUCGAUAGGCUCAAGACCCUAGGCACGGGUUCAUUUGGCCGAGUCAUGCUCGUCAAACAUAAAGGGACGGACCAAUUCUUCGCCAUGAAGAUCCUGGACAAACAGAAAGUGGUCAAGCUGAAACAGAUAGAACACACGUUAAAUGAGAAGAGAAUACUGCAGGCUGUCUCCUUUCCAUUCCUUGUCCGACUGGAUUACUCCUUCAAGGACAACUCUAACCUCUACAUGGUGAUGGAGUAUGUUCCUGGAGGAGAAAUGUUCUCACACCUCAGGCGCAUCGGGCGGUUCAGCGAAAACCAUGCGCGCUUUUAUGCAGCACAGAUCGUGCUCACCUUCGAGUACCUCCACUCACUAGACCUCAUCUACAGAGACCUGAAACCUGAGAACCUGCUCAUAGAUCAGCAUGGCUACAUCCAGGUGACAGACUUUGGCUUCGCCAAGAGAGUAAAAGGCAGAACCUGGACAUUAUGCGGUACCCCUGAGUAUCUGGCCCCGGAGAUCAUCCUUAGCAAGGGCUACAACAAGGCUGUGGAUUGGUGGGCACUUGGAGUCCUGAUCUAUGAGAUGGCUGCCGGUUACCCUCCUUUCUUUGCCGACCAGCCCAUCCAGAUAUAUGAGAAAAUAGUCUCGGGCAAGGUACGAUUCCCCUCUCACUUUAGCUCCGACCUAAAGGACCUGCUGAGGAACCUGCUGCAGGUGGAUCUGACCAAACGAUUUGGCAACCUGAAGAACGGGGUGAACGACAUCAAGAACCACAAGUGGUUCUCAACAACAGACUGGAUUGCUAUCUAUGAAAGAAAGGUGGAGGCUCCCUUCAUGCCAAAGUGCAGAGGACCAGGAGACACAAGCAAUUUCGACGACUACGAAGAGGAGGAUGUCCGCGUCUCAGAAACGGAAAAGUGUGCAAAAGAGUUUGCAGAGUUCUAGUGAGUGGGCAAAAGGGUCCCAUUAGGGCUCACAUGCAAUGGGAUAUUUUGUGCACUCAUUUGAGGGUGAAGGUGGAGCUGAGACCAUCAUGUGUUCAAAACAAUUGCCUAGUCCCUUCAUUCCACAAAAGGCUGAGUGAGGUCCUUCUUGCCAUGAUCCUUCUUGCGUGCAUCUAGCACUAAUCUAUACACAGGCACAUUAUGCAGACACCCCCUUGUGCUGCAACACACAAAUACUAGACCACGUUCUCUUGUAUGUUUUCCUGGUUGUUAGUUUUUUUUUAUGUUUGCAGCUUGGUAGAAAUCCCUUUUCUUCCUCCUCAACCCAUUUUCAAAUCAACCAAUUAUUUGCAAAGCAAGACCAAAACCAAUUAUUAUAUGCCCAUUUUUAAAGUGGCACAAAGAGUGAUUGAUUGUAUUAGCUAGUAUUGCACACUUUGUUUUGGGAAAAACAGAAAGGGUUUCAGAUCCUCGUUCCUGCAAGUGAGUCUUACCAGUUAUUGUCUGUUACAUGCCUGAUUGUGUUUUAGGGUUCGAUUUCAAAGUGGAUUGGCCCAGUCUAUAAUCCUAAACAUUUUAACCUUAAGAAGUAGAUCCUCGUCGGUGUGCAUAUAGAAUAUACGUAUAUCAGACAUAAGAUUUA